GGCCAGUUGAAAAGCCCAUUGCAACUCCGAAAAACUCAUACAUUACUUCCAACCAUCUUUGCUGAACUUCAAAAUCCAGCAAAAAUUCCAACACAAUGAAGAUCUCAUCAACUAUCGCGCUGGUCUUGCUCAGCGGCGCCGCUAUGGUGGCAGCCACCCCGAUCAGCUCGCAAACGAAUUCCGCCCCAUCUCCCACGACAAUGAAGAUGAUGAAGAGCAUAAUGACAAGGCCUGGACGCCAUAUCCCCGUCAUGACCAUCAUCGGCACAGACUCAGAGGAAAGAAGAACCACUUCUGUCGCAGUAGAUGUCGCGCCCACCUCCACUUCCAUCGGUCGUGGUAUUCCCGUUGUACCGGUCCACCACGCAGAUGAGAAGGAAAAGGAGGAAGAUAUCGGCUCAGCCAUUCCCUACGUCCCCAUUCACCACGAAGACGACGGCGGUCUGGCUUUCCCUGUCGUCCCCGUUGAUCACCACACCACAAGAACAACCACAGGAACAAGCCAUCUCCCUAAGGCUUCAGCCUUUCAUAAGCGCUCCGGCCAAUAGGAAAGAGAGAUGCCAAGGGAAGUUGCUCUUCAAAAGCAGGUGGAUGAUUCUGAUUACCCCUUGGCAUCUGGAGCUAGAGGUGCAAAGAAGGGAAUGCAGUGGGAGAGGUUCAGAGUGCAGGAUGGUACUGCUGGGUAUCCGUUGGCGUCUGUGCCUGGAGCUACUGCUACAGGAUAUGGUCCGUGAUGAGCGGGUGGACCACAAUAUGGCAAGGUGGAUGGAGGCGAAAAGAUAGUGUUCCAGUAUCGACAGUGGAGGUACAAUUUGUCGUAGAAUUAGGGAACAGAUCCAGCAAAGUCUUGGAGCUGUAGCUGUGAGAAUGCAGGAAUAUAUGCUGAGAAGCUGGCAUGUGCACAAGUACCACCCAUAAACAUUUCUGGCCUACC